GAGAAAUGGAGGAGGAGGAGUGGCUCAAGGUCUUACUUAUAGUGGCCUCUCUUCAAACCAAAAAAUCAGUUGCAUCCUGCCGUCACAACAUGUUUUUCCUUACGUUCAUCCUUGUCACCGUGCUGCUCCCUAAAGCCUCCAGCCUGACAUGCUGCACUGGUCAAGGCUCAAGCUGCACAAGCACGCAAUGUUCUGCAUAUGAACUUUGUGGUGCGACACGAAUAACUGCAUAUCUAGGCGGUACACAAAUUACAGACCUCACAAGAAGAAGUUGUGCUCUGGCCGAGAAUUGUGCUUCAGGAUCGAUCAACAAUGGAGUCACUAAGACUGUCGCCAACACCGUGUGCUGCUCAACUGACAACUGCAACAACCAAAAUGUUCCUGAACCUCCAAGCAGCACUCCAAAUGGGAAAAAGUGCUUCACCUGUGAUGGACGUAGCUGCACCACAAUUAUGAACUGUGAGGGGACUGAGGACCACUGCAUUUCAACAACAGCGUUGGUGGACAAACAGAAGGUACCGUUAAAGGGCUGUGCCUCCAAAUUGUUUUGUUCAGACAUCGUGAAUUCACAGUUAGCUGCAGUCAUCGGAGACAAAAUUAACUGCUGUCAGGGAAACUUGUGCAACGGUGCCAGCAGAACGAGCGCUGCCAUCCUCAUGCUGGUGACCCCGCUGCUCUCUUUGAUCAUGUUUGCUUAAAUGAUGGGGACGGUCACAUUAGUCCACACCAUCUUCAGUAAUAAGAGUAUGAAACGUAUCAGUGCUACUGUGACUGCUUUCUGCCAGAGGUUGGAUCAUCUCUCUCAUAUAUGCAGCAAGAACAGCUGCCUCAUAUGAUGUAAAAGAUUGAUACCAGUCAUUUCUAUAUUUCAAAUCUUUCUGUAUUACAGAUAAAAUUUUCUUUUUUAAUAUCAGUUCAAAAUGCAAAUUUCUUUGUUUUGUGCCAUGAUGUGUGUGGAAUAAAAAGAAUAUAGAAAGUUGUUUCAGCUUCUGUAGCUUUUCUGAUUGUUGCUCAGUUGUGCAGAAUAAAAUCUUCAUAUUCAUCA